CACCCGUCGGGCUCCCGCCCUCGUCUUAAAAAUGAUUGGUGCGACUUGGGCCAGGAGGGCAGGUUUGUCUUCCCAUCAUUGGAUAAUAGAGUUGGUUCACUGGUCUGGUGGUCACGGCCUUCUGCCUGUGUGCAGUGAGAAUGUACCCUUGAUCACACGAACCCUCACACAGGAACAGUGUGACAGAGACAGUGACCUCUGUAAAGAGACGUCAGCGACAGUCACCCCCUGAAGGGCAGGGCAUUGUAAAGGAGACCAUCACCUCUGAAGGAGAGGAAUGCUUGCCACCUGGAAUAUCUGGGUUCACAGCUUUUGCUACACUGACACUGGAAAACCUCAAUGAAAAAGCUUAAUAUUUGAUCUGAUAUGGUAGCAGUAAUGGUGCCUUUAUUUAAAGUAGUCGCACUGAGCAUCCAGCAUCACUGUUAGAAUUGACACUUGCGUUAUAUUGGUAAAGGAAGUCUGCGUGCGUGUAUGAGCAUGUGUUUCUUAGUUUGUGCGCCCACGUGUGCGUGUGGUGUCCGAAAGGUCAUGAACAAUGAGAUUAGGCUGUUCCCCAUGCCACAGCCAGGAACGCAGUGCUCAGGUUAAUUACACCAGGUCAGGGACAGCUCUUUUGUCCAGCUAAAGGUCUCCUAGGCUAUCUGUCCCUGCCAUCGGACCAACACUGGGGACGAAUAGGUCAUGGGAGUGUGCCGGGGGAAUAUAAAAGGAACCCUGGGAAGCUGGGAAACACGGGAGCAUCGCUAAUCCAAGAGGAAAGCAGAAGAAAACAAAAACAAACCGAAUUAGUAGGGACAUGCCCACACCUUCCAUUCCUCUUCACCUGUGCCGUCUGAUUGGAGAAUAUUCUUGAACAUUUUCCACACUUCGCUGAUCUUACACGUUCAGCUCACCUUUGGUUAGCAUCUCUGCACCGUCAUGUAUAAGGAGGCAAUGCUGAGCCUUGGCCUGCUGGUGGCGCUGGCGAGUGGUGCACAGGCCAGUGAGGGCCACCCGAUCUAUGGCGUCAAGCUCUGCGGGAGGGAGUUCAUCCGUGCCAUCAUCUUCACCUGCGGAGGAUCGCGCUGGAGGAGGUCUGUGGGUGUGGCAGGGGAUCUGGCCGGUGAUAUCCUCUUUACUCCUGAUGACGAGGUCUCCGACGUCUGGGUCUCCAACCCUGUCUUUGGGCUUUCCUACAACGAUCGCACCAACGCAGCUCCCCUCUGGGCCAGCGAGGCCAUGGAGAGCCCCGCGUUCAGCCGGCCGGCACGCUCGCUCAUCUCGGACGAGGUGCUAGAGGCCCUGCGCACGUCGGACCGCAAGGGCCGGGACGUGGUGGUGGGCUUGUCUAACGCCUGCUGCAAGUGGGGCUGUAGCAAGACUGAGAUCAGCUCCCUCUGCUGAGGAAGAGGGAGACCAGCUCCCUCUGCCGAGGAAGAGGGGGGGGGCUUUGUCGUCUGCAUGUUUGGUGUGGGUAAGGCAGUUUGGGACUGCUCUGAAUGUGCUGUGUGGUGUAUGUAGUUACACACCUCUUAAUAAGGAUGUGUUUUUCUUUUGUGUUAUCAUGCACCAUCCUGGUUGUGUCUGAUUGAAGUAAAGUCUCCGUUUUUGCAAUACACUGGGUUGUCACGUGACUUGAAUACCCUGUCUUUGAAAAUAACUUUUAAUUUCAACGCUAAUAUGACAGCUGAAUGCCGGACUGUAUGCUAGUGAAAGUCACAGAUAUGUUUGAGUUUUAGAAGGGUUGC